AUGAUGACAUCCAUCCCCCGAAAGCUAUGGGAGCACCCAGACCCGCAGUCGACCAGAAUGGCCGACUUCCAACGACAGUUGGAGAAAGCGACCAGCCAGAAGUUUAGUACAUUUCACGAUAUGCACGAGUAUUCAAUCCAAAACCGGUCGACUUUCUGGGAAUUCUGCUGGAACUACUUCCAAUUGAUCCACGAAGGCACCUACAAGCAGGUAGUUGAUGAGUCCGCGCGGAUGGACAGUCUUCCAGAAUGGUUCACAGGGGUGCGAUUGAAUUUCGCAGAGAAUCUUCUGUUUUCGAGUGGCCAGACUAAGGCCGGUAAAGAAGAUGAGAAGAUUGCCGUCAGCGAGGUGCGAGAAGGUGCCGCUCAUGAAGUCGUCCAUCUCACAUGGGGUGAGCUCCGACGACGGACGGGGGCUCUGGUGCAGGCGAUGAAAGCUAAUGGGGUGGUGCGCGGGGAUCGCAUCGCUCUCUGCGCCUCGAAUAGCAUUGACACGCUGCUGGUAUUUUUGGCCUCGACUGCCCUGGGCGCCAUAUUUUCAUCCAGUUCGACGGACAUGGGCGUGAAGGGUAUCCUCGAUCGACUACUGCAGAUCAAGCCGCGCUGGUUGUUUAUGGAUGAUUCUGCGAUUUACAAUGGCAAGACGAUUGACCUUCGACCGAAGAUCCAGGAUAUUGUCCAGGGAAUGACCUCUGUGAGCGAAUUCCAAGGAGUUGUUUCGCAAUCUCGAUUUGCUUCUCCGGCCGAUGUCAGCGAUAUACCGAGGACGCAGACUUGGUCAGCAUAUCUCUCCAAAGCAGGUGGCAGUGAGAAACUCGAGUUCGAGCGAGUUGCAUUCCGCGAUCCCUUUCUGAUCGUGUACUCGUCCGGAACGACCGGACAGCCCAAGUGCAUCGUGCACUCGGUUGGCGGAGUAUUGUUGAACUCGAGCAAGGAGGGUAACUUGCAUAGCGAGUUGGGCGCGGAUAGCGUGGCACUACAAUAUACUACUACUGGCUGGAUCAUGUACAUGAGUGCCGUACAGACGCUACUCUUUGGCGCGCGUGUUGUUCUUUACGAUGGAUCUCCAUUCCUCCCAGAUAUUACAGCCCUGGUGACCCUUGCAGGAAAAGAGAAGGUGACACAUUUUGGAAUCUCUCCUAGGUGGAUGCAUGAGCUGCAACAAGCCAAGAUCAGACCGCGCGAAAUCGCGGAUCUUAGCUCUCUGCGGGUUGUGACGAGUACAGGCAUGGUCCUGCGGGAUGCCUUGUUCGAAUGGUUCUACGACGAGGGAUUCCCAGCUCGUGCCCGCUUGAACAAUAUCUCCGGUGGCACGGACUUGGCAGCCUCAUUUGCGACAAGUAACCCCCUUUCUCCUAUUUAUGUUGGAGGGUGUGCCGGCGGAAGUCUCGGUAUUCCUGUCGGGGUUUUCGACUCCACCAUUGAGGGUGGUGAUGGUACCAAGGGCAUCCCAGUCCCAGAGGGCGAGCCUGGAGAACUGGUAGCCACGGCUGCGUUCCCCACUAUGCCCACAAUGUUCUGGGGGGACCGAGACGGCAAGAAGUAUUUUGAUGCCUAUUUCAGUAGAUUCGAUAAUGUUUGGACGCAUGGCGAUUUCGUGUCAAUCCACCCAAUCACCAAGCAGAUCCUGUUUCACGGACGCGCCGACGGGGUCCUCAACCCCUCCGGCGUGCGAUUUGGGUCCGCCGAAAUCUACCGAGUGAUCGAGGGUGGAUUCUCCUCAGAGAUCGCCGAUUCGAUCUGCGUUGGCCAGCGACGACCAACCGACACGGACGAGCGCGUCAUGCUAUUUUUGCUCAUGAAGCCGGGCACGUUGUUCACCCCCGACCUUGUGGCUCGAGUGAAGAACGCCAUUCGCCGCGAGCUAAGCGCUCGCCAUGUACCGAUGUGGGUGUUUGAAACACCUGAAAUUCCGACCACCGUGAAUGGCAAAAAAGUGGAAACGCCCUUGAAAAAGAUCGUGUCUGGUCAAGUUGUCAAGCCCUCGGGGACUCUAUUGAACCCAGGGAGCCUAGAGUUCUACUAUCGAUUCGCCGAGGUGGAAAAAUUGCGCGAGAACAAGCUCUGA